AUGGCACAUGCUGCCUUGGUUUGUGCGGGCGCCUCCCCGACGUACUACCCCCCGGGUUGGGGCCCCUGGUGCUUGUCCUGGGGGUGGUUUUGCUUGGGGGCGCUGGCGGGGGGGCUGGUGGGGGGGCUGGUGGUUGCAGUCGGCCUUUGCUUGCAGUCCACCCGGUUGCGGCCGCCCCGCGUGCAGACCUCUGCGCAGCAACUGUGGCACACAGCGGCGAAGCACGUCCUGGCUUGCGCCGCUGGGGAGCCUGGCGAAUUACUGGACCUGGCGACGCAAGCGGGCACUUCCCCGGAAGAUCUAUUUCGGAAACACCGCCAGGCCUGCCACGAGCAGACCUCCGGACUCGUCGCCGUCCCCGUGCCUUGCCAGGGCGCACAGGAGGAGGGGGGGGGCAGGGCGGCGCGUAAUUACCGCCACUUGCUCGCAGGCAGUGCCGCCGAUGGCCCUGCUCGCUACAGGGGGCUCUUCCUGUUGCGGGGGCUGCGGGCACCUCGCGCAUCGGACACACGGCGGAAGGCCGAAACACUUUCCGACACGCUCAGCGCCAACACGCCUUUCGCCUCGCCCCGGGACGAUGAGCCGUUCGCGCACGCCGGUGAGGUGGCCCCGACGUUGCCGGGGGAGGCGACGCCGGGCUUCACGCCGACUGAAGUGCCAGCGCCACCAGAGCAGAUGGCGGGCCUUGUGCUCGGUGAGUGGAGCGGCUGCGGCCCGCCCUGCACAAGGGAUCUCCCUGCCCGCAACUCGUGGCUCUACGUGCCAUUGCUCCACGCGGCCUCGGCCACACUCGCCCCUGCGGCCUCCGGCCAGUGGGUGGCCCAUCCCGUGUGCGGCGUGCGGUGGCAAGCACUGGUGCAUACACUCGCCCGAGCUGAGCCUGUGCCUGCGGCCCAGCUAGUCGCGCUGUGCAGAGCGGUGGCAGUGCUGGACGACGACGCCGAGGUGGCAGUGGUCGAAGCUGAGGCUUUGUGUCGCCGCCUCGACGCGCAUGCUGACCGGCUUGUGUCUCUCCCGACGGCUUUCGCUUGCGCUUGCGACGCCUACGGCUAUGCGCCCGCCGUGGCCCAGGCGGCUUUGCUCGAAGCAUACGGGGGGCCUGCGGUGGCUGCGGAGGCGGCAAAGCUUGCCGAUGCCUUGCGUGCUUGCGAGCCACCUUCCGCACAUGCAGCAGCAUCUCCCACACGUACCGGGCGACCGCGCCGAGGUCGACGUAAUCGGACCCCGGUGGAGUCGUCUGCGAGGCGGGGGGGUGGCGACUCGAGCGACGCUGCUUCCGCUGCUCCAACCGUUGCUCCAACCGCUGUACGCGCACGAGCUUGGAAACUUUUCCUCCUUACGCCUCGCAUGCUCCUCGCGCGGACGGCAGAGACCGGUGCUGCAGGCAGGCGCGAGCUAUUGGCCCGCGUUGGUGCGUACGAGCGAGCCGAAUGGCCCGCCCUGUUGGAACGUGCGCGCGCUCAGCAUCGGCCCGCCCGCGGAGCGAGCAACAUUGCCGAUGCAGAGGCUGCUGCGGCCCACCGACGCGAGGUCGCAUGCGCCAAAGUCCGCAAAGGCGAGCUUUCGCGCGCCCGCCACGACCUCACGUCUGCGCCCCUGGCACCCGGAGAUGCGGCUACCCUCGCGGCGCUGACGGACGUCACGAAAAGACCGGCUCGGCCCAGGCAGGAUAUCCCUGAUGAGCUUCUCCAGUUCCGGCCUCCUGCCCAGGUACACAUCUCGGCCGCCGCCAUCGCGCGCAGCUUGCGUGCUUGCAAGCGCGGGCGGCUGCCACCCUCCUCGCCCGUGCUGACGUGCCCCAGGAAGUCGCUGCCGGCGUUGCGCUUGGCGCGUAUGACUGCCAUCCAGAAGCCUGGAGGCGGGGUCCGUGGCAUCGCCACUGGCGACACGUUCCGGCGGCUUGUUUCCCGCACGUUGGCCGCCUCCCACGCUGCCACAUUCGAUGAGGCGACCCGGCAAUUCCAAUAUGCCUUAAUGCGAUUUAUCUACGGUCUGGAGGACCUGCCUUGGCUGUCUGCGGGUAGCACCGCCCUGCAGGUGCAAGCAACGGUCACCGGGGACCAGUCUAACCUUCGGCACCUGGGCCGACAAACCAGGGAUUGGCACGACUGGGGUUGGAAUCGGGACCAGUCUGGUUCCUGGUGGGACAACCACCAAGCCGAAGCUGACCAGCACUGGGACUGGCAGCAAGAGGUCUGGCAGCAAGAAAGCUGGACCGAAAACACAGGCCAAGCCGAGGACCCCUGGGCCGGCUGGUCAGGUGUGCAUUCGUGGGUGGAGGCACACCCGGUGCCUGAACCCAGUGCACCUCCGCGUAGUCGCAGUCCGCGGCAUCGCAGCGAACCUGCAGCUUCCAGUGCGGGUAGACCCGCCAAACCAAGGGGAAAGCCCUGGUGGGAACGUCCCCCGCCCGAGUGGGUGUGGGACGAGAGCCACCAACGCUGGAAGCGCAAGAGCCAGCGGGGAAAACGCUCACCUGAAAAGGUUGAGGAACGUAUCCAGCGCGGACAAGAGCGACGAGCAGCCAGCUCGUCAGCAAAAGUCGCGCGGGUAGAACCGCCUCAGGAGGCGGAGACCUCGACUGAGCCAGGUGAGCCAGUCGUUCUCACCCCAGCGCCGGCAGCAGCCGAGCCAGCGGGUAGCCCCGCGGAGGGUCACUCAGAAGCCUCUGAGUCCGAAUCCUCCUCCAGCUCGUCAGUCAGCACCAUCGACUACGAGUCUGGAAGUCUGCCCGUGCAGACUGAAGCGGCAGCAAGUGCAGCCGCAGAAAGAAUUCGGGCCAUCAAGCUCGAAGGGGAUCCGGGCGAACCGGAAGGACCCCACGCCCCAUCUGCAGGGGUGAAGAGCGAGGAUCCGAACGAGGAACCCCUCGCAAGUGCGGCAGCCAAAGCCGCAUCUGAGCUCCGAGACUCCUGGAUCUCAGUGAAAGAGGAGGUUGACUAUAGCCCCUCGGACACUCCAGGAGCGGGUAGCACCGCCGCAGCAGAAGCUGCGGAACACAGCCCGGAAGCGGGCAGUCCCGCCGCAGCCGAAGCUGCGGUACAGAGUUCCUGGGUGGAAGUCCAGGAAGCACCAGAGGUGAGCAGGCAGCUCACGGGACUCACUGAAGCCCUCCGAAGGGCAGAGGAGGCCCACCGUGGGUUGCAAGAGCAGCUGGCUCAAAGCCAGCAUCGCACCCAACUGUUGGAGCAACAGCUCCUGGAACUCCAACAGGCGGGUAGCACCGCCGCGGGUGGCACCGCAGCCAGCAGAGCAGCGGCGGCCGCAGCGGUAGGUAGCGGAGUAGAAGAUUGGGAAAGGUUUGUGUGGCAAGUUGAAACCUUUGCUGCACUCGUGGACGAAAGUUUUCCAGUGCACUUAGAGGAAGCCAGAAAGAGUCAAAGCGACAACACACCGACCGAAGAGAGCGACGAAUACCGAGCUCUCUCAGUCAAACUGUUUGGGAUGCUGGUAUCGCUCAUCGCUGAAUGCCCAGCUGCAUUGAAGAUUGCAAGGGGCACGAGAAACCAAAAUGGAUUCGUCCUAUGGCGAAUGCUGUGGCGAGAGCUUCAUCCCGAGCAGGCCAACAGAGGUCUCAUUUGGAGACGAGCCCUGCUUUCGCCGAAGUUUCCAAACAAAGAGGGCGACUUUAGUGCAGCUCUUCAAGAAUGGGAGCUGGAUCUCGCGAAGUAUGAAUCCGAGUUUGGAGCCGAAAAGGCCAUCUCAGAUGAAGACAAGCGAGCGCUACUUAUGGUCGAAUCGCCCCAGGCCCUGAAGCAGCACUUGGCAAUGCAUGCUUCAUCGCUAGGAUCGUACGAUGAGGUUCGGGCUGUGGUAGUCUCAUACCUGCAAGCAAAGAGGGUGUGGACACCGUCCGGUGGUUAUGCUCAGUCAAGCCGCCGAGCAGCUCCCGAUCCCGAUGCCAUGGAUAUUGGCAAAGUCGGCGAUGCCAAAGGCGAUAAGGGGAAAGGAAAAGAACACUACAAGUGGGUGGACAAGGUGAAAGACGGCGUGUGCAAAAGCAGGUUUACCUGCGCCGACACACGACGAUCCUAUACCCCAGAAAUGGAGCAGGACAUGCGUGUCUUUGUUCCUACCCCUACUCCUGAAGCACACGCACUGCUCGAAAUAACGGCUCUGCAAAGAGGCUGCGCCAUGAGAACCUUCGACAUCGUUGCUGCUUUCCUGAUCGGCAAGGACCGAGGGGCGCAGAACGAAAACUGGGUCUACAUGCGACCGCCAGCCGAGUGGAAGCCCAUUUUCGACCAGUGGGUGCGGGAGCAACCGCCGUCUGAGCAAUCCAAGCUCAGAGGACAAUUUGCUGACAUGCUGUUCAGGCUCGAUGGAAAUCUGUAUGGUCGAAGAACAGCUGGCUCCGUCUAUCGAGACGAGCUGGAAGAGCUGUUAUGCCACAAAUUGUCACAGACCGGCCGGUAUGCUUUCAAAAGAGGGGUAAAAGAUCCAUGUAUCUAUCGAUGCAUGAAGACAGGUAUCAUAGUGGUCCAUCACAUCGAUGACGGAAGAUGUGCGGGGAACGCCGCCCUGCUGAACACCUUCCUGGACGAGGAUAUGUGCAGCCACUGUGAAAUCACCACCGGUCCUCUUGAGGCCGAAGGUGUAUCGGUAGAAGUUUUGGGAAAAACCAAAACACGCUUAGAGGGCUGCAUCCUAACAGCCCCAGACGCAAAGCAUGCUCGAAACAUCAUCGAAGCACUCGGUCUGAAGCCCGGAGAGAAAUCUCCAGUACCUUCUCGCAAACCCGAUCUCUCGGACGUGACGCCGUUGAGUGCGGGGGAUGCCGCCAAAUACCGAUCCGCUGUGGGGUCCGGAAUUUACCUUUCGGCCGACAGACGUGACAUUCAGUAUGCGGUGAAAGAGUUGGCGAGGCAUAUGGCCGAACCCAGACAGUGCGACAUGCAACAAGCACGACUGCUGGGAAAAUAUCUGCAACAAGCGCCCGACCUUGUUCGAGUCACUGCACUCGACCCAAGCGCGUACGAAGGGCCCAUGACGCUCGACGUCUUCAGCGACAGCGAUUGGGGAGGAUGUGUUGAAACCCGGCGAUCCACAGAUUGUCAUGUGGUGGUUCUGGGAGGAGCAAUUGUCGCCACAUCCACGCAGACCCAGCCGGGAUUGCCUGCCACCAGCAGCCCUGACGCUGAGUUAAGAGGCAUCAGCCGGGCCUGUCGCGAGGCCAUCUUCGUUCACGAACUGGCGACCAUGGAUUUUGGGCUGGAGGUGGAAAUCCCACGCCUGUGGUCAGACAGCUCCACUGGCAUCACAGCCGCAAAACGCAUAGGGCCAGGAACCAAGCUACGCCAUCUGGACGUGAGCGAAUUCUACGUCCAAGGGGCAGUGCAGGCCGGGAAAGCGCUGUUGCGAAAAGUCAAAGGAACUGAGAAUCCGGCGAAUUUUCUCACCAAACACCCAAAGUCCGGAAACGAAGUGCUACAAGCUUUACCUUCGUUGGGCAUGGUGGACCCCAAACAUGUUGCGGGCGCCACCGCCCAGGAGAAACACACGGUGAAGUUUGUGCGGGUGAAUCCGCCUACGAGCUGGAAACCCGUAUUUCCGUUCAAGCCUACGCUCGCAAUCGCGGGUAUCACUAUGGCUUCACAGAUCUUAGGAGUGAAGGCCCAGCCAAGGGAGAAAGAACUCCUAGAGCUGGUGCUGGAUGUCACUUUGUGGCUGGGACUCCUGGGAUGGUUUGUUUUGCUCUACCACAUGGUGAAGGGCACUGUGAGGGGAACUCUGGCUAUAUGCAGGAGGGUGAACCGACACCGGCAACAUGAAGAAGAGCCGGAACCGGAAGCGUCGGAGGACGAAGCCCCAACGCAGGCCGCGGAAAACGCGCCACCUCCACUCGAGGACUUGUUCCGAGAGGGAGUGCGGGCACCUCCGCCUCGGGACCUGCGACCCCCAGCUCCUGAGCCAGAACCUCCAGAGGUGGACCAACAGGCAGCAGCUUCUGCCUUGCCACCACAAUCCGCACAGGGAGAUCAGCAGCGACGAGCACGUCGAAGAACUAGACCACAGGUACCCCAGAGAGAACCAGGGGAGAUCUACUAUGCGCCUUGCCGAAGGACAGCACAUGUAUUCCGCAACUGCUCUGGGCUAAGUUCAACCCAGCAGCAAGACAUCGUGGUCGAACAGUUCUGUGCCUACUGCCUGUAA